AUGGUCAGUUGUCCAAACUCCGAGCUCCGUCCUCUAUGCCGCCUUUAUGCUACCUCUCGUGAGGCUGACUCCCUCACCGAAGAGCAAGUUUCCGAGUUCAAGGAGGCCUUCUCCCUCUUUGACAAGGACGGCGAUGGACAAAUUACAACCAAGGAGCUCGGCACCGUCAUGCGCUCCCUGGGACAGAACCCCUCCGAGUCUGAGCUUCAGGACAUGAUCAACGAGGUUGACGCCGACAACAACGGAACGAUCGACUUCCCUGAGUUCCUCACCAUGAUGGCCCGCAAGAUGAAGGACACCGACUCCGAGGAGGAGAUUCGUGAAGCCUUCAAGGUCUUUGACCGCGAUAACAACGGCUUCAUAUCCGCCGCCGAGCUUCGCCACGUCAUGACUUCAAUCGGCGAGAAGCUCACCGACGAUGAGGUUGAUGAGAUGAUUCGCGAGGCUGACCAGGACGGCGAUGGACGCAUUGACUACAACGAGUUCGUCCAACUCAUGAUGCAGAAGUAA